ACUCCUCUCACAACCAACACCAAACAGAAGAAGCAGCACCACUUCAAUUCUCUCAAACUGCUUCUUCUGUGUGAUUCUUCGUUAAUUUCAACAACAAUCAGCAAACAUGGUGUCAAGUCACUAUCCUCACCUCACUCUUGCAUUUGGCCUUCUUGGCAAUAUUGUCUCAUUCAUGGUGUUUCUUUCACCACUGCCAACGUUCUAUAAAAUAUACAAGAAGAAAUCAACAGAAGGGUUUCAGUCGAUACCUUAUGUGGUGGGAUUGUUCAGUGCGAUGCUUUGGAUCUACUAUGCAUUGCUCAAAGGAAAUGCCAUGCUUCUUAUCACCAUUAACUCCGUUGGUGUCUUCAUACAGACAUUUUACAUUCUCGUCUUCCUCAUCUACGCACCCCCAAAGGCCAGGAUGGAAAGCGUGAAGCUAAUCAUGGCGUUCAUAGUUGUUGGAUUCGGAUUGAUCGUGCUUCUAACCCAAUUCCUUGUAAAAGGCGCUAAGCAAGGGGUGAUCGUCGGAUGGAUUUGUCUCGUGUUUGCUUUGUGCGUUUUUGUUGCACCUUUAGGUGUCUUGCGACAAGUGAUCAAGACAAAAAGUGUCGAGUACAUGCCGAUUCUUCUGUCACUUGCCCUCACACUUAGUGCCGUUAUGUGGUUCUUUUAUGGUCUACUUCUCGGGGACUUCAACAUUGCGAUUCCCAACACGCUCGGAUUCACGUUCGGUAUCAUCCAAAUGAUACUAUACUUCGUAUACAAGAACAAGAAACCUGUGAUCAACGAGAAGAUCACGGAAUAUAAAGAGAGAAUGAGCAUGGACGAACCAAGAGGAGUAGUCCCGGAUAUAAAAGAUCAAAACACGAUCGAUAUGGUGAAGCUAAAUGCGUUAAUGACGUCCGAAAACGUUCCGCAGGGGGUCGUUCGUAAUCACACCAUUGAAGUCGCGGCUUGAUCGAUCAUCAGGUUGUAUGGUUGGAUGAAUGUUAAUUGAUUUUGGUUUUAUUUAUAUAUAAUAUAUAUAUAUAUAUAAUAUAUGUUGUCAAGUGUAUCUUUCUCUAUAAAUAAUUGUGCAC